GGAGGCGGGACACGUCGGCGCUGCCUCGGCCGCCGCCGCCCCUCCUCGGGUUCCAGCCGCCGCCGCCGCCGCCGCCGCCGCCGCCGCCGCCGCCGCCGCCGCGCCGCCGCUUCCUGGGCCGAGUCCGCCCGCGGCCCCCGCGGCGCCAGGUCGUCCUCGCCCGGCCGGCUCCGCCAGCGCCGUCCGCCCCGCGUCCCGGCCCGCCGCCCCGCCGCCGACAUGGCGACGCGCUCGUGUCGGGAGAAGGCUCAGAAGCUGAACGAGCAGCACCAGCUCAUCCUGUCCAAACUGCUGAGGGAGGAGGACAACAAGUACUGCGCCGACUGCGAGGCCAAAGGUCCCCGAUGGGCUUCCUGGAAUAUUGGUGUGUUUAUUUGCAUCAGAUGUGCUGGAAUUCAUAGAAAUCUUGGGGUUCAUAUAUCCAGGGUCAAGUCAGUCAACCUAGACCAAUGGACACCAGAACAGAUACAGUGCAUGCAAGAUAUGGGAAAUACUAAAGCAAGACUACUUUAUGAAGCCAAUCUUCCAGAAAACUUUCGAAGGCCACAGACAGAUCAAGCAGUAGAAUUUUUCAUCAGAGAUAAAUAUGAAAAGAAGAAAUACUAUGAUAAAAAUGCUAUAGCUAUUACAAACAUUUCCUCUUCUGAUGCCCCUCUUCAGCCUUUGGUAUCCUCUCCUUCUCUGCAAGCUGCUGUUGAUAAAAACAAAGUAGAGAAAGAAAAGGAAAAAAAAAAGGAAGAGAAAAAGAGAGAAAAGGAGCCAGAAAAGCCUGCCAAACCACUAACCACUGAAAAGCUACAGAAGAAAGAAGAUCAACAACUUGAGCCUAAGAAAAGCACCAGCCCGAAAAAUACUGCAGAGCCCACUGUUGAUCUUCUAGGACUUGAUGGCCCUGGUGAGGCGCCAGUGACCAAUGGGAACACAACUGCAGUGCCACCCCUGAAUGAUGAUCUGGACAUUUUUGGACCAAUGAUUUCUAACCCGUUACCUGCAGCUGUCAUGCCCUCAGCUCAGGGGACAGCCUCUGUACCAGCAGCUGCUACCAUGUCUACCGUAACAUCCGGGGAUCUGGAUCUGUUUACUGAGCAAACUACAAAGUCAGAAGAAGUAGCAAAGAAACAACUCUCCAAAGACUCCAUCUUAUCUCUGUAUGGUACAGGAGCACAGCAAAGCACUGCUGGUGUGUUUAUGGGACCGACAAAUAUACCAUUUACCUCACAAGCAGCGACUGCAUUUCAAGGUUUUCCAUCCAUGGGUGUACCGGUGCCUGCGGCUCCUGGCCUUAUGGGAAAUAUGAUGGGACAGAAUACGAGCAUGAUGGUGGGCAUGCCCAUGCCCAACGGGUUUAUGGGAAACACACAGACUGGAGUGAUGCCACUUCCUCAGAAUGUUGUUGGCCCUCAGGGAGGAAUGGUGGGACAAAUGGGUGCACCACAGAGUAAGUUCGGCCUGCCACAACCUCAGCAGCCUCAGUGGAACCUCUCACAGAUGAAUCAGCAAAUGGGUGGCAUGAGCCUCAGUGGUACAAACCCUGCCGCAGGUUUUGGCCAGCCCCCCAGCACAACAGCAGGGUGGUCUGGAAGCUCCUCGGGGCAGACUCUGAGCACACAACUGUGGAAGUGAGAAGCUGCAACAGUUCAUCCAGAACCGACACCCGACAUUCCUCGAUACAAAGGCAUCUAGUUCCCAUUUAUUCCUGUACAUACAUAUUUUUUUUCUUUUCCCCCAUUUGUUCACAUUAAGAAUUACCUGAUUGACCGUGUUGGUCUGUGCUGAUUAAAUUUGAUGUGAAAGCAGGCUGAGAAACCAUCUUCUGUGGAGGGCAGCUUUGCUCUUAUUUCCCAUAAUGUCAUAAGCCACAUUGAGAGGCUGCUCAGUUAACUUGCAUAAUCGGUUUUAUUCUCAAAAUUAUAGCUCUAAUGUUUGCAUAUAAGGGAAGUAGUUAUCAUGUUAGUAAUACCUCUAACAGUAUAAACCCGACCCCCAAAUUAGCCAGUAAUCCUGUAGGAAGGUACUGUAUGAUCAAAUGUUUAAUCAUAUAAAUAGAAUGUAAAUGUAUCACUGAGCACUGUUUUCUAGUGUAUCAAAUUCUUUUAUUCAUCACUCACUUCACUGUGCUGUUGUUACGAUGUGCUUAACAGGGACUGUGGUUAGUGAAAGGAAGAUAAACCUGGAUGUUACUGUAAACAAUUUAAUGAAUGUUUCAAGAAUUCAAAUUUUUGCUGCCUCUUAUAAUUUGGACCUCUUCUCAUAUACAUAGUGCUAAUAUGAAGACCUUUUUCUGCACUAUAUGCACACAGGGUAACUAAAACAAAGCCACUUUUAAUCCUUGAAGGUAUAUCCAGGUUUAUGACAGUAAUUGUGUUUACAUUUUAUGGUGCCUAGUAUUGACAAAAUGUUAUUUCCCUAUAUUAAACAGAUGAAUCCACACA